AAAAAAAGAAAGAACGAAAGAAGGGGAGAUCUAAGGAGAGGGAGGGGGAGAGAGAGAGAGAAACAAAAAAGGAAAAUUCCCUUUUAAUUGAGGGGCGAGUCAGGGCAAAUUCGCCACCGAUCUAACGCGGACGAGUUAAUGGAAGGAGUGGGGGCUCGACUCGGGCGGUCCUCCACUCGGUACGGACCGGCCGCGGUGUUCACUGGGCCGGUAAGGAAAUGGAAGAAGAAAUGGGUUCACGUUUCCCCAUCUAACAACGGCAGCAGCGGCAGCAGCAAUAACAACAGCAGUAAUCACUCUCAAAAUCACCUCAGCAGCAACGGUACUUCUAACGGUAAUAACGGUUCGCAUCUCGUCCUUUUUAAGUGGACCCCAAUUUCGCAAAGCCAAAACAACAACAACAGCAAUAACAACAACAACAAUUCCAACAAUGGCAACAACAGUUCCUCCAAGGACGAUGCUGUGGCGGCGCCCGAGGAGCCGCCGAGGCGGAAAUUUAAGUACAUUCCGAUCGCUGUGUUAGAGGAACAGAAAAAAGAAGCUGCAGAAAAUGAGGCUGAAGAAAACGUUGAUGAUGAAGCUAAACAAAGCGAGGCUGACCCUAGUGCACCAGAGCCAACCUCCAGGAAUGACGGUUUCGAUGAAAAACCUGACAUUAAUGAUGUACCUAUGGAAGAAAGUCAGGAGGAUAAUAAAAUAGUACGACAAGAUCUGAAUGAAAGCACUUUGGAUUUGAGUUUGGGUUUGACAGCCCAUGAUGGUGAAUCUGAUUCAAAAUCAAAUCGCGAUGGACAGUUGGAAAGAGUGAAAUCAAGUAGCGUCGGGAGAUGAGUGUAGCUGUGGAGGUCGAUUGAGCUAAUAUAAUGAUGCAGAUGACAAGUAGACAUAUUGGCCUACUUGUUUAUGGCUUAUUUUUUUAGAGAUUCAAUUUUCCCUUCGGCCUUGUAUCUUGCUGUUGGUUGUCUUAAGCUAAAUGCAUUCAAAUGGCUUAUCAUUGUACUUUUAGUCUUGAUACUUCCCCGCUGAGCUGAUUGCAAACUUGUAUUGAUUGAGAACAGAGUGACAAUCUAUUUUUUGUUGGACAUCCAAUAUUGUUCUUCCCCCCACCCCUUAGUUUUGUAGGACACCUUGGGACAGAAUAUGUUGGACAUACAGAUGAAAUUGGUUCUCUCAAUAGCUUUUUAUGGAAA